CUAUGUGUGUGGGCAUGUAAGAAAAUGAGAUACAACUGACUAUAGCUUUUAAUUCAAAGCGAUGUGUGUGACAAGAAGCUUAUAAAAUAUUUUUUUGUGGGAAUAUUUACCAUGAUAAGGUCUCAGCCAGUCUAAACCUGUUUUCCUGAAAGGGCUGUAGCGUAGUGUCUUCUAGCUUUUUAGGGAGGGGGAGUAUGCUCUGGCUGUAACCCUAUCUGCUUUCACAGCCGAGACUAGACUAAAUGCAUUGAAAGAGUUUUCCCAACAGAUUUCCAAAUUCGGAAAAAGGAAAAGUAGGCUAUCUAAUAUUGUCAUUGUCAUUAGUUUGGUGUCGUACAGCUGAUUCGAGAAAAAAUGUUGCAGUGCAUGCUCUGAGUUGACAGAAUUUCUUCAAGAAGUAGGCCUAACAUUUGUCAAAAAUGAAAGUGGUUCACAAUUCCUUAGGCUAACGGUGACAGCAUUUUGGUAGAAAACAAUAAAGUGGCAUGGUAGCCUUAUUUUAUUUCAGGUUAUUUUGUAUAAAUGUGGACGCAAGUAGGUCUGGCCAGGCCACACCUUAUCAGUUUUUGAGUCCAAUAAUUUGUUAAUGACGACGUCACACAUAUGUUGACGGUCUCUGAACUCAUGUUGGCUAGUUUAAUGAGGAAUAUUUGACAUUCAGUGUUAAUUCUUAACAUUAAUUCCCUGCCAAUUAAUAACCUACAUAAAGAGAUGACUUUCAGAUAUGCAGUAUCUUCAAGACUUUGGAGUAUAGCCGCGACACUAUUUAAGCCACAAGAUAUCGUCACACGGAAAAUGACGGAGAACGGCAUCUUGCACCCGGACAGGGUGCUCACUCUAGACACCAUGAAUCCCAACGUGAAGCGGGUUGAAUAUGCAGUCCGGGGCCCAAUUGUGCAGCGGGCUGUGAAGAUCGAGAAGGAGCUGAAAGAGGGAGCUAAGAAGCCAUUUACAGAAGUUAUAAGAGCCAACAUCGGGGAUUGCCAUGCCAUGGGUCAACGGCCAAUCACUUUCCUCAGACAGGUCUUAGCAUUGUGCACAUAUCCUGAACUUUUGGAGGAUAACAAGUUUCCAGAGGAUGUCAAAAGCAGAGCACGGCGCAUUCUGCAAGCCUGUGGAGGGGGUAGCAUAGGUGCAUACAGUACGAGUCAGGGUAUCGAGUUGGUCAGGCAAGAUGUGGCCCGCUACAUUGAGCGACGUGAUGGCAUCCCUUCCAACCCUGACAACAUUUACCUGUCUUCUGGAGCCAGUGAUGCCAUCUCGACCAUGCUGAAACUGCUGGUAUCUGGAGAGGGUCCUACCAGGACGGGCGUGAUGAUCUCUAUCCCCCAGUACCCUCUCUACUCUGCCGCCCUGGCCGACCUCGGGGCUGUGCAGAUCAACUACUACCUGGACGAAGGCAACAACUGGAGCAUGGACGUCAGUGAGCUGCGGCGGGCACUAGCGGAGGCUAAGAAGCACUGCAUACCAAGGGCAAUCUGUGUCAUCAACCCUGGCAAUCCAACUGGCCAGGUACAGAGCAGGCAGUGCAUUGAAGAUGUGAUCCGAUUCGCUGCCGAGGAGAACCUCUUCCUGAUGGCCGAUGAGGUAUACCAGGAUAAUAUUUAUGCGGAGGGUUGUAAAUUUAACUCUUUUAAGAAGGUACUGUUUGAAAUGGGACCCAAAUACUCUAACAAAGUGGAGUUGGCCUCCUUCCACUCGACAUCCAAGUGCUACAUGGGAGAGUGUGGAUUCCGAGGUGGCUACAUGGAGCUCAUCAACCUCGACCCAGAUGUGAAAGUCCAGCUCACAAAGAUGGUUUCAGUCCGGCUUUGCCCUCCUGUGGCAGGGCAGGCCCUCCUUGACCUGGUGAUGACCCCCCCCCAGCCUGACGAGCCCUCCUACCCCCUUUAUAAGACGGAACGAACCGCUGUGCUCGAUGCCCUGGCCGAAAAGGCACAGAUGACCGAAGAGAUAUUUAACAAGGUCCCAGGGAUUCACUGUAACCCUGUGCAAGGAGCCAUGUACGCCUUUCCCAGGAUUGAGCUGCCGCAGAAGGCCAUCGAGGCCGCAAAGGAGACAGGCCAGGCUCCCGACAUGUUUUACUGUAUGCAGCUGCUGGAGGAGAUGGGGGUCUGUCUGGUGCCUGGAAGUGGUUUUGGCCAAAGGGAGGGAACGUUUCACUUCAGGAUGACUAUUCUUCCUCCUACUGAGAAACUGAAGGUAGUCUUGGACAAGGUGAAGGAAUUCCACCUGAAAUUUCUAGAGCAGUAUUCUUAAUCCACACCCUGUUCACGUGGUCAUCAAGAUGGCGUGUGGAUGAAGAGGGAGGAGAUGGGGGAUCAUCUGGUGCCUUAAGAUAUCAUAACAGUAGAGUUCACACUCUUGGAAACAUUUCUUCUGUUUUUGUGUUCCUACUUUGGAACAGUUGGACAUCAGCCUAUGGAUUUGUUUUUUUUUAAGUGCCUCUGUAUUUUAGAUAAUUAACAUCAGCACUUUAUUUAGCUACAAGUCCUCACAUUGUAAUUAAUUAAUCUUAGUGUAAUAUCAAGACUAUGUGGUACUGUGUGUUUUCUUGCCAGUGUUGUAAAAUGUCUGCUUAUCAAUGUGAAAUAUAAUGUUUGGGAAUGGACUGUUAUGUCUGCAAAGUGAAGACCAUCUCGGUUUGUCAUCUCCAGGUUUACUCAGGGCCAGCACAUCAGAAGAAUGCACACAGGGUAUGAAUGAGCAUUUAACAGUAUUGUGACUGUCAGAUUUUUAAACAAAGGCUGCCUCAUAUUAGUUGGGCUAUUAAAAUAUUUUCACUCAAGGGACAUCUGAAGCAUGCUGCUGUGUGUGAUGAGAUUAUUGGAAUACAUGUGUCAUUUGUGCCUCAAUAGUAAGAUAGGACUUGGUAAGUGUGGCCUUUGCAACGCAAGGGUACGUAUUGGGAGUUUUGUAUGUGGUGGGAUGUAUUACAAACACUACAUAAGUCUUUAAUACUAAAAAUGUCAACUUUUAUUUUUAAUGUAAACACUAGAAAUAAAGGAUUAAUAUUUGUGAACCCUGGCUGUGUUUAUACUCUUUGUAUUUGACUUUUUUUGUUUUGUGUUUAUUUUAACAAAUUGUUGCCACUUUUACAACUAAAAAAAUAAACUCCCACCAUCCACAUUUUGCAAGUUUACUAGCAACUUCUGAUAUUUUUGGUGGGAAUUGGCUGAGGUCAACUUCGGACUUCAGCUAAUUAGAAUGUAUAGGAAUCUAAGGGGACAAUGAUAUGGAAGCCUAGUGUGGCAAACAUAAUAUGGUUUUAUAAACAAUAGGAAUAAAGGCUAAAUAUUUGCUAACCA